CGCCACCAGAGCGCAGCUUUCGGUCAGUCUUCUCUAAGAUGGCCGAGUGAGCGGAUCGUACGUCAACGGCCCCCGUUUUGUCAUUACACAUUACUCGGCACAGUUUCCAAAUCCGAACCGUGCCGUAGUUUUAGCAGUGAGAUGUCGUGUUGAGUGGUGUGCAGUGACGGUGUGCGUGCGUGUGUGAGUGUUUGCGCGCUCGGCCCUCCCGAACGACGGCCGCCGUCGAGCCGAGCCGUGCACAGUUACUCCGUUGUGUUCCUUCUGCCAGGCUUGUUGGCUUUUAAUUAAUGUCAGAGUGUUGACCUAGUAUGUGUCGCAAGUCUUGCUUGUGAACCGUCCCGGAGUAUGGAACACACAUGGCUUUUCCACAACCUGAUCGUGGCUUUGGGAUUACUUGAAGAAUGCACGGCGUUUCCCAUUCACUUGGGAGCAGGUGGACUAUGGAGUGCGGGCGUGGCGUCGCCGCUCACGCCCAUCGCCCUGGGCGCGGCCACGCUGCUGGCGGCGGGGGUGCUGCUGCUGGGCUGCGUGUGCUGCCGGCAGCAGAAGGGCUUCCAGGACAAGACGUGCAUGCAGUCUUGUGCCCAGAACGGAGCAGCUCAGCAGGAACAGUGCGGCAGUCUAAAGCAGGCCGAGGCGGCCAGGAAGGAUAGUGGCCCGAACGUCCAGAGCGUUCAGAUUGACAUCAUAGUCAAGGAGGAUAAUUCUUGUAACGGGAAGGAGUUGAGUGGGGUUUUGGUCGCGAAGGAAUUUACAGACAGUGUUGUCUCAUCUCAGAACAAUCUUUCUGCAGUCCCUACCACUUCGCACCAAGUGGCAUCAGAGUUGACAUUGUUCCCUCCUCUUGGAACAACACUUACUCAACCUGGUGACCGGUCUUCAAUUGUUCAAUUCGAACCUCUCCCUGACAUCCAUGUUGUAGCUGCUGCUGCGGCAGCGGCUAGGAGGAAACCCGCUGUCUUUGGAAACACUUUGCACCAUGGACUUUCAGUGCAUGACUGGUUUGAUGAACCAAUAAAAAAUUUCCCAAGAGAUCAACUUCAAUACCUCAGGGAAAUAGGACGUGGCUGGUUUGGCAGGGUGGUCGAGGGGAAGGCAAAGGAAAUAAUUUCAGGUCAUGCCACAUCCAAAGUGAUUGUGAAAAUAUUACAUGAAGAUGCCACUCCUACAGAUCAGUCCUAUUUUCUCCAUGAAGCCAAACCAUAUAGAAGUUUAAAACAUCCAAAUGUUCUUAGUCUUGUUGGAAGAUGCCUGGAAACACAUCCAUUCCUCCUACUUUUAGAAGAUUGCUCAUCUGGUGCUUUAAAAACAUUUUUAGCAGAAAACCGGAUUAAUGCUGAGAAAUUUUGUCAAGAAGGAGUACUGCUUGAGAUGGCACGAGGUGUGGCAGCUGGACUGAACCACAUGGUAGAAAAUGGUUUUGUUCAUACGGAUCUUGCGGCAAGAAACUGUUUGGUAACAUCCGAUCUUACUGUUAAAGUUGGUGAUUAUGGAACAAGUAUCGAAACCUUUAAGGAUGAGUACUAUUGUGUUGGUGAUUUAGCUAUACCAAUUCGGUGGGUAGCCCCAGAAACGCUUCGUUGUACUGAUACAACCAUCGAAACAAAAGAGGUGACGGCCAGUGCCAAUGUUUGGAGCUUGUCUGUUGUGCUGUGGGAAAUAUGCGAGUUUGGGAAAUUGCCCUACUCUGACCUCAGUGAUGAGGAGGUUAUUGAACAGGUUCUUGGUAAUAACUCAAAUAGUUUGCCAUUCCCAUCAUUUGAAAAUCAGCCACAUGUGCACAAUUUGUACCAUUUGAUGAAAGUAUGUUGGGUGGAAGCUGAAAAGCGGCCUCCUUUGAGAAGAGUUGUUGCCAUGCUUGAGCAUUUGUUGCAGCAUAAGAACUCUCCUGCACACACUAGUGCUAACAAUAACAACAAUAGCACAACUAGUUUAGAUGAUUUUGAGAGGCGUUGGGAACUUUCUAAACCCAAUACUGUACCUAAAAUAGACAACCAAUAUGGAACAACAAGCAUGCAAUCCACUCCUGUAAAAUCUAUGCUUCUGCCCCGCUGUGUUUCAAUGGAAGGCAGUGUUGCAACAGAACCUGUACGACAACUUGAGCUGACCAUUGCUGCUGAUAGGGCAUGUGCUACUCCUUGUGCAAACUCGCCACAAUUGUCUGUGUCAAGUAGCUUGGGAGGUGAAAUGUUUGUACCUCCAUCACUUGCUGCUCAGAAAUCCCCAAGUUUGCAAAACUUGCGAGGUUCUGUGGAUGAACUUCAUACUGUGGGAAUCAAAGAAAAUACUCAAGGCAUGGUUUCCACUUCUCAAGCUCCAGGAGCGUUUACUGAAGAGCCUCAAUUUGACUCAUGGCUGAAAGGAAUGGACACCUCAACAGAGGAAGAUGUUCGGUUUGUUAGAAAUAUCUCUGAAGCCAUUCGAGACUUGGAUGAGGUUCUAGCACAGGAGAAGACAUCUUCAUCAUCACAGAACUCAAGUUCACAGCCGAGUCCAUCACAAGUUACUUCUCGAGACUUGAAACCAGAAUCCCUUAUUUUAUCCAGUCAAGAUCAAAAAUUCACUCUAGAUUUUAGACUUGGACAAACAGCUGCAUCAUCCUUAUUGAGCCGCAGCUUUGGACUUUUGCAUUCCAAUGGGCAUGAAAGUUUGAGCCUCUCACAGCACCGGCUGGAAUCCUCGGGUUCGGACACUGAGGAUGAGACCUGGAGAGUACGGAUUGAAAGAGGCGAAUUUUCAGAGAAGGUGAAGGAGAAGUCCAAGAGUGUGGCAGACCUAAUGGUGCUGACUCACAUCGACUACAGUGAUGGCAGUGAUUCAGACACAACUCUUGAUCUUGAUCCUUAUGGUUCCUCAUUCCGUAAAAAUGUUCCUGGCCGACGCUCAUUCACCAGGAAACCUCUCCAAUCCUCCUUAUCAGUUACUUAUGGUAGUGAAGGAAACAUACAUCAAGCAAUUUUGGGAGAAGAGUUCCAAGAGACAAUCAAGCGACUUCAGGAAUCUAGAAGAGAUGGCUCAAAACUAGACACUAUUCCUGACGCUUCCUUGUCCUAUGUGAGCAUGAGCAGCAAUGAAGCUCCAGAUCAGUCAGCCUCGUUUCAAACCAAUUCUGACAAAGGUCAUUUUUUAGCCAAGCUGGCCUCGGAAAAGAAAAUGAUGAAAAAUGACGAUAGUGACACCGCAUUUAGCGGAAAGUCAGAUGAAACUAACAGUAUUUCAAAACAUGCCACUCAUGAAAGCAUGUCCGCUUCUAGUCAUUUAUCACAUGCUGUAGAAAUCAAUAAUAGUACAAAUGUUAUUGAUGAUGAAAGAAAUUUGGAGCAGCAUCUGAUAAACAAAUGUCUCUCACAAGGAAAGUCCCUACUUACUAGCACUCCAGUUUCUAAAGAAAGCAAGCUUUCACAGUCCAAAGAGGAAGGUCUUGGCUUGGAUUCCAGUUUGAUGUGCUCCCAAUCUUUAAGUUUUAUUGAAUCAGAAAAGGCUGAUUCAGCCAUCUCUUUGUCUUUGGAGGCAAGACCACUCUCCCCAACUCCCGAUAAAAUUCAAAUAAAGCCAGCAGACUCGUCCUGUGUGAUUCUGGGUCCCUUUGAAGAUUCAACCCUAGACUAUUUUAAAGGUCUGAAGACUGCCUUCCCUGCUGUGAGAACAUUAGAGUAUGACUCCAAUGAAACAAACUUGGAAGAAAACACCAUUGAAACUUGGGAUAAGUUCCUAGAUCAUGCGAUGCAGCCAGAAUAUUGUGAUUAUCCUUCAUUUUCAGAAGUCAACUUAUCUAAAGUAGAAUCUGAAUCACCUGUCAGUGAUGCCAAUGCUCCCAGUGAUUCAAGUGACAUUUUGGGCAGCAGUUUUGAGAGGAGUGUUCCUGAAAAGACAUCCAUUUCUACCAAUAGCAUAUUACUUCAAAUUGAUAAUGUUUUAACUAAUGAGAGUUGUUCCAAAGGUUCAACACCUUCCUUAAUGAGUUAUGAUGCUCCCUGUCAGAAGAAUGGAACAAAUAACGUCAGCAAUAAUGAUGUUGUGACUCAAGGUAUUUCUGUGUGUGAAGGCAACUCAAAUAUCAAACAAGAGAGUGUCUCCACUUCAUGCCUUGUGGUCCCUAGUGUAAAUGUGAUUGCAGCAACCCCUGUUUCUUCUGGUCGCAACACCCCUAAUGAUCUUAAAACUGAAGCAGUGGACCCUAUUAUCCUAGUUACCAAAGAAUAUGAUGGUUUAGGUCUCAAUGAAGACGUAAAUUCAGUGAAUGUGGUUGUAGAAAAUGGCAAGAUGGAUGUGAAGAAUUAUGUGUUUUCCAUGAAUGACACAGUUGAAUUUGCUGCUCCUCAGCUUCAAAGUGACAAGAGCAGUGUUCAAAACUUUGACCCAGAUUUACCAUGCUGCUAUCAAAGUAAUCAAAACUUUGAAUCAAGUGAAAAAAGUUACAAUGUUAACAAUGGGUUUGACUUAUUUUCAAAUAAUGGUUUAGCUACUGAUUGCUUUGUCAAUUCAAAGCUGGAUGAAGACUUCAUUGGCAAUGAUUUCAAGCCUGUGAUACCAUUGUUUUCCAAAGGUUUUGAUCCUAAGGAAGCAGAUACUAACAGAGAAAUUAUGGAAGACGAAGAUGAGUUUGGCCUUGGUGUAGCAAAGAAUCUCACUCCUGAUGAUGAACGCAGUAGCGACUCAGGCUUCCGUGACAAAGGAAGUUUAAGUGAGAGUUGUGAAGAUGCUUGUGAUGAGAAGUACAACCUGGAAGAUAUUGAAGCAGAACUUGAAGAAGCCUUUUCCAAGGGAGUCUUUGCUAGGCAUGACUCUCCCACAAGUAUCAAGGGUCAAGAGUCAGACUGUGAACCAGUCGAUGAGUCAUUUUCAGUUACAUUAAUUGAUGUUGAGAAGCAACGGGAGCAGAGGGAAGCUGAAAUAAACCUCAAUGGCGAUCCUUGCCAUCGACUUGAUGUUCUUCUUAGAGGUGACCAAGUCCAUGAACCCUUAGCAGUUGAUGUGGAAUCAUCUGUUGAUUUCUUUGGAACAAGUCCUGCCCUUUCUCCUAUACCUCAAAGCAGUGGAUGGUUCCUGCACCCUCAAAAUCAAGAUGAGUCAGAACCAAUAAGUGGGAAUGACAGCAGUUACUUCUCUUUCAGCCUCGAUGAAGAGUUUGUUAAUGCUAUCAGAAAUGAGCUCAGAGAAAAACUUCCUCUGGCUCAGAUGCAACGAGAGGAGAGUCAGCCUCAACUUUCAGAUGAAGAAGAAAAUUCUGAUGAAGAGUUAGAUUCUGAAGAGUCACAAAUGAAAGAGAGAACAAAUAUAAUGAUACACUACAAAGCUCCUCUAUCCCCUAUCUUGGAAGAAAGAGAGAGCAUUUGCUCCGAGAGUUGCUCCCCACUUGGAGGGUGCAAUACUUCAUCAUGUUCAGAGCCAAGUCCUAUGUUAGCUGUUGAGCGCAGCCCAAGCCACCAUGGGGAUGGAGAUAUUCGUCAUGGGGAAAGUGAAGGCCCUGCUGAAGUGGAUGGUGACCUAAGUGAUGACUGUGGUGAUGGGAUUCUCUAUGAUGAGCUAAAUGAACAUGAUACUCUGCCUCAAGAUGGUAACCAUCCGAGUCCCUCUAAAUUGAGCGUAAUAGCUGGUGUCCAUGACUUGUGUUUGAAUGCUGAUGAUAAUGAUGAUUAUGAUGAUGUUUUGGUGGUAAAUAUGGAGACUAAUGAAGCUACUAUUUUAGAAAGCCCCAAGCCUGUUAGCAAAUAUUCAUUUGGAAGUAAUGAGGAAUACGAUGAUUCCAAUCACGAUGAUUUUGUUCCUGACUUUUUGAGUGUUGCUGGAAGUUAUCAGCUUCCAGAAAGUAAAUUUAACAGUGGGAAUCAAAGGCUUUCUGAGCUGUACUUAAGUAGCCGGCCUUUGACAUUGGCCACUUUACCACAAAGCUCAAUUGAUAUUGAAUCAGAAGAUGAUAAUGAUGACAAUGCAAUGACCCCUGACAGUAUAACAUGUGAAAAAUCUUUGAGUGAAAGAACUGAAGAUUCUGCUCUGGGCCUUGCAAUGAGCGAGGUAAUGACUCCAGACAGUCUCACUGGAGAAAGUCAGUGGACUUCAGCUCAAAUGUGUGAUUCUGGCUUUGGCACCAUUGGUACAAGACCCUCAUCUGGUGCGCCAUCAACUGAUGGCUGUGACCGAAGCUCUCCCGAGCUCAAUGCAACUGGUAUUAAUUUGGAAGAUGAAGAUGUUGGUGCAUCAGACGGCAAGGAAGAGACAGCACUGAAACCAGAAGCUGUUGAGGUGUCAGAAACAACUCACUCCAUUGAGGACAGUGAGUCAUCUGUAAGUGUUAGUUCAAAUUCUGUUGUCGCUGUUGCAAAUGUUUCAAAUGAUUGCCAGUCAAGCAUGGCAUCAUUGCACACUGAUUCGACACAUCCAAUCAUCAAAGCCCACGAUGUCACCAGCCUGAAGGAAAAUGUUGAAAUGUUCAUAGCGAAGGAAACUGAGUUGAGUGCUUGUUUGUCUCAGGGUCCUGCUCUCUCAAGCCCCACACCCAGUGGUCUUUCUCCUCAGUCUUUAAAAGAAAUGGCUGAGAGUGCUCUAGCAAAUGAUAGCAGUCUGAAAGUCCAUACCUUGGCAUUCAAUGCAGAAGAGACAACUCAAAGUAACAUUUCUUUUAUGAAAAAGUCAUCCUUCACUGAUAAACCUGUAAAGGAAAAUGGUCAUCUGAAUGCAAAUGGAGAACACACAGAUUGUGGUAGCAAGAUUUCAAAGCCAUCUCACCUAUCGAUAGAUGACUCAUUGCAGACCCUAGCAUUCAGUGAUGGUGAUUUGGCGGAUAGAACAAAUUUCUCUGGACCGGGUCACAUUGUUGUGAGCUCAAUUAUAGCACAGUUGACUCCGAAUGAAGAAAACCAUACAUCUGGAAUGCUGGCAUUCAAUGAUAGUCCUGAAUCACCUUGUGAAAUGUUAUCUCCAAUAAUAAAAGAAAAUGACUCUACUGAAGCAGAAAGCCACUUAAUGUCUACAUCAUUUAUGUCUGCUGAUGAUUUGUAUGAUGAUAGAGAUCAAUUCACUCAUGAUUGGGAGUCUGGUUCAGAUGGCUGUGAAUCAGAAACUGCUUCAUCCUCUAGUGGAGAGUUUAUCUGGAAGGAUGGUGAUAGAGAGUCUUCUGUAAAAGCAGUUCAAGCUGCACCUGAUUCUGUUCUCACUGAUACUCCUGAGAACCAGGCUUACAGCCAGACACAGACAGAGUUCCCAAUGUCAUCUAUCCUUGAGGAAGAUGAGGAUGGCAGUGCCUCCAGUAGCUGCACAUCAGACUCUGAGGAUGAUGCUGAAUUCGUCCCGUCUGCUUGGAACAGUCAGGCCACCCCCAGCCGGUCAGCCUUGCGCAGUCCAGAUAAAAAAGUGGAGAUCAUCAACGCAGUUGAUCAGAAGAAAAAUGUGAGUUUCAAGAGGCAACGGUAUCAUUGUGUUUAUGAGUACCCUCGAGAGCUUAGUGACUCUGAUGGGUCCGAAUUCGCGGACUCGCCCAGCCGCCGCCGAACUUGGGAUGUGGAUUGCAACACCUACAAUCUUCAUGAUUGGGACAUAGCCAUUAAUGAAGGUAUGGCUGAGACCUCAUGCCAGGAAGAUCUCAGAGAUGAGCAGCCACAUCUAGCCUCAUCCCCCUCAUCCCAACGACUCUACGAGUUUUACAAAAUGAACAGUGCGGACUACGGAUUUGGCUCAACAAUGCUAUCUGAAGAUGGUGAAUUUUUCAUCAGCAGUUCUGCCCAGCCAUUCCACACCUUGGGUGAGGCAGGACCCUCUGGGAGUAGUGAGUUCUUUCCUGGACGAGGUUUAACUGCAAGCAGUGUUGAUGAUAGUGAUGUCGUUGAUGGAAUCUUGGAUCAAACUCCAGCCGAUGAUGAGCAGAUCCCUUCAACUGAGAAUCAGAACUGGCGUCAUACAGAAGAGUUUUCAGACAGCGACAGCAGUGAUACAAAUAUGAUAACGGCUUCUGAGGGAUCUUUUAGUCAACAGAGAAGUGGAGAUUCCAAUUCAUCAUCCACACCGAUGGUCACUGCAAAUGGAAGCAGCAAGAGUAGUGAGGAAUCCAGUGUGUACCACUCAAUCCCUACCAACCAGGAACUUCAAGUAGACAGCGGUAGUGACUCGCCGUUGUCCGAGCUAUCUCCUACUUCUCCCCUCUCACCAACAUCUCCAUCUCGUGGUCUUGGUGAACUCAGGCACACACGAGACCGUCUUAAAUUAGAUCUUCCUGCUGCUAAUGCUGCUUUCAUGCUUGUAGCGCCAAAUAAAAAGAAAUCAGUUGAGCAAGUAAAAGGCGAAGCAUCCUUGUUAGAUGGUGAAGAAAUUGUUGAGGGAGGUGCAUGCAAAGCUAGCAGCCCAUUUGUAAGUGAGUUAGUGAGUAGUGAUGUCCAUUAAGCAUCAGAAAUAUUUAACUCAAUGUUUAGUUGUGUGCUGGAGACAAACAGAUUUUGUCCGAUGUUUGUCUUGAAAUAUUUUCAAAUAGUGAGAUUCCUUAUUAAAUGCAAUUAUAUAUACAGGCAUUAUAUGAUACAGUAAACUUUGUGGUGAUACUUUUACCUUCUUUGGGUAAAUUAAUUUUUAUUCCCAUUCCAUUAACAAGAUGGUGCAAAUAUCUAUUAUUGAAUUAUGAGGCAUGUAUUGCUGUAGUCAGUUUUUUGAAAUUGAAACCAGUACUAGAUUCCUGUCAUUGUAACUACCCUGUAAUUGAAAUUUUAAAAAUAGAAGAGACUGUUUGAAUGGCAGAAGUGAAAAAUGUGAGUGUGAGACUUCAAGUAUUGCUGUUUGUAGUUUCUAUUAUUUCCAUUAGAAAUUUAUUCAAUUUGCCUUAUUUAGAUCAUGGUUUUAGGUAGUGUUCCUCUUUUACUUUCAUUUUCCGUCCAUAUCUGAGUCUGUGGAUAGUGCUUCUAUUGGACAUUUGGUUUGUAGCCAUUGCUGUGAUUCCUCUACAUAAAUUUGUCUUAAAAAGACAAAUGUGCAACUUUGUUGAUGAUCUGUAGUUAUUAUUUGUUUUGUUUACUUCUCCUCAUUAAAAUGGCUUGUUAUGUUUACUGGUCAUCCAACUGGAAUGUGCUUGUUUGUGUCAUGUUGUUCAUUUACUGAUCUUAAUGUACCAGUUUAUGCUCAGUGUACACUCGCACAUUGGCUAGGUAUUCUUACCCAUGGGGUGGCCAAGAUCGUAGAUAAGACUGAUUCAUGUCAUGGAGUACAGUGAGGAGCAUUUUGUGAUAUUAUCAUUAUGUUGUUUAUAUAAGUUCGUUUUCCUUGUUUUAAAAAUGAAAAAGUGCACAGCAUUUAAGUUUAUUUCUCUUGUUACGACAUGUAGCAACAGGUAUGUUCAAUUUGAUUUGCUUUCUGACCUUUUGCUUUGGAAUGUGUCUCACUUAUAAGUAUUUAUAUCUAUUGUUCCAAUCUAUCUAUUAAGAUACUGUAAUAAUGGAUUAUUGGUUUUUGGCUCCUUCAUGACAUAAGAAGGAAAAGAUAAUUCUAUAAUAAGAAUUAAUAUUGUGUAAUGCAUUGCACAAAUCUUUGAUGUUUGUGUGUAGAUUUUCUUAAAUAUUACUAAUUGUACUCUUUUCUCAUACUGUUGUUAUUCUCAUUGUUAAUACUAUUCUAUUCAUGUCAGUUAUGACAAUAGGGGUUUCAAUUUUAUCUCAAACUUUUGUUCUUUGAAUCUUUUUAUUAGAACCGUCCUUUUACCAACUCCUGCCGAGCUUCUUCAUAAAUAUCUUAAAGUUUUAUUAUUACUUUUCAUCUUUUAACUUGUGUAUUGAAUGGUAGUUGGUGCUAACCUUAUAGAAUAUCUUUUCCCUGCACCACUGUGGCAUGAGUUGAAAUUUAUUGGACUUGUGUAGCAGUUUUUACUCAAGCAGUAAUUCCCUCCAAUGUGAUUAUACUUCAUCUGUUAACUCUGAACAAACUGUCAAUUUUUUUUAAGGGAAUUUUGUCUCUCUUGCUCACAUUAAAUACAGGCCGUUCAUAUUACCAUUUGUUGUUUUGUGGCCACUCUAAGGUUUCAACAAGUUCCUGUGAGUGCAUUCAGGCCUAAAAUAGAUUCAAAUGUUUCUUCAAGACCAAGUCUUCUGUUGAUAGAUUGUAGGAUCUGUGGAAUAAUUGCAUAGAAAUACAUUGCAUUGAGCUUAAUGCUUAUCCUUAGAUCAAAACAAUAGAGGAAUUUUUGCCUCCUGUGAUCUGCCCGGCCAUAGAAUCCUAUUGACUGACCUCUCUGAUUGUGUAUGUAAAAAAUUGUACACUUCAGUCAUAGCCAAUCUUCAACAAGACUUGGUGUUAAAUCAGACUUUGGUUUGUCAAAGAUUGUCUGCAAUGUCUUGCAGCGUUCAAAUUUUAUAUUGAGUUUUAGUCUUGCUCAUUAUUUUAUUUAUAAUAUAUUUAUUUUAAUAUCUGUGUCACAUAUUAUAUGCAUGGUAGAGUCCUAGCCCAUAGGACUCUAGUGUAUGGAAUGUGCAUACAGCAAUCGUCAUGGAACCCAAGGAAAUGUAAAUAAUUUUAGUAAUUGUUAGUAGUGUAACAUGGUAUACCAUUUUUAUUCUUAAAUUACAGUAAUGCAUCCCAGGUGCAAUGUUUUAGGGAAUAGGGAAUCAGUGGCCAUGGUGCAUUUAGGUCCAAUGAAACAUGAACCCUCCUGGAUGUUUUCCUCCCUCAAGACUUGUUGCCAUUUUUGUUUUGUAGGAGUCUAAACCAUUCCAGACCUUCUGCAUCUCUUUGUUAGUGCCACCUCAUGCAAGUUUCUCUCUUGUAGUGUGUUUUUCUGUCUUAAAUUGGUGUUAAAAGUAUUUUUAUUAGGGAUAUUAUCUCACUACUCAUGUCAUUAGAAUAGUAUAUUUGGCAAAGAUCAAAUUGAUAGGUGGUCCAACCAAAAUGCAAGUAGAUGUGAGACAGUUUUAAGCCCCCUUUAUCCAGCUAAUUAGUUUAUGUCUCAGUGGUAUUGUUGGAAAGUUUUAUAGAGUGAUGCUACAAUGUGUGCAUUACAAAUGUGUUGGGGCAUUGUUAUGGCUUUGUACCUGGUGUGUUCCUUGCAAUCAUAGCCUAAUUUAUGAUGUAUCAAAGAAGUUAAUUAGUUUUAGUUUGUGGUGAUUUCCACUAUUUAUAUGAAUGAAAUGUGAUUAAGACUUUUAUGUAUAUCUUUGUCAUAAAAUUAUUGUAUUUGUGUUUAGGGUCAUGGAAAUUGUAAAGAAGUAUGUUGCCAACUUUGUUUGUGUUUUUGAAUUGUACUGAUCAAGUCUGACGUGUUUGUCUCAAUGUGGUUUGAUCUAGGUGCUGUCAUCGUACUCUGAUGAAUUUACCUUGCUUUUCCAAGCAUGGCGAGUACACCUUAAAUAAAUUUAUAAACUUCCUAAGAAAA